UCUCGCGAGAUUACCAGUGUAACGGAGGACUGGGGCUUGGUCUUGAAGUUUUCAGAUGCAUCUGUAGAUGAAUCAUAACAGCAUCAAGAUGUCGGGACGAUCGGGCCGCGCUGAGACGCGAAGUCGGGCUAAAGACGACAUCAAAAAGGUGCUAGCGGCCAUCGAGAAAGUGCGCAAAUGGGAGAAGAAAUGGGUGACAGUUGGUGACACGUCUUUACGUAUAUUCAAGUGGGUGCCAGUGACGGAAACAAAGCAGAUAUAUCGCACCAAAUCCACCGGUGGAGAAGUUAGAGGCUUGAAAGAUGUGGUCCUGGAAAACACCAACUCUCUACUGGAUUUUACUGAUGAAAACAGCAACCAGAGCUUCCUGUCGGACGUUUACCAGCCUAAAAUGGAUAACAGCAGCAGCACCUCCAGCUCGCAGCAGGUCAGCCCUCCUCAUGCCUCCAGCCUGCGAGCUGAAGACUCCCAGCCUCCAAUGCUCGGCCAGGAGAGCGUGGAUGAGCCAGUUCACUCAGGACAGGAGGGCACAGAUGAGCCACCCACUCUCAUCAAGGAGGACCUUCUAUCAUCAGGAACUGUCAGACGGAGCACCCCAGACACCCAGGAGGAACUGGAUGAAUCAGGAGCGCCUCCCUUAAAGAAGAUUUGCACAGGAGAGAACGCUGUUCUGAGAUAGCUUAUUUAUGAUCGUUUUGUCAAAAUACACACAAAACACGUCCUCAGUUGUUGUGAGAUUAGCAAAGCUUUGACAAUUAUUCUGGAUCUCUUCAUAUAUUUACGCAAAUAUUGCUUAUUUUAAAUUCAGCUUUUAAGAAAAUGUGUAUUAACUGCAAAAUCUUCUAUUUUCCCCCUACUUUAAUUGAUAUUUGAAGUCAUGCUGUGUUUCGUUUUUCAUCUUGAAAAGGACGGGGGGAGCAUUUUGAACUGUAUUUCGCAGGCUUUGUGUAUUUUCAUGCAGUUGCUGUAACUGUCUGAUUUUCCUGGUAGCCGCAGCUGAAAUUAUGCAUGUUUCCAUAUGCUGUUGCUUUAUUCUGAAGGUUUAUUGGCGAUUUUGAAAAGGUGUUAUUUGUGAAGCUUUAUGCAAAUUGCUGUUUUUAGAUGUGCCAUUGUGUAUUAAAUACAGUGCCCUCCUUUAGAAAAA